GGCCGCCCGGGCGGGAUGGAGAAGCAGGGGGUGGAGCCCGAGGAGGAAGGCUGCCGUGACGAGGAAGAGGACGCGGUUCGGGCCAUGGAGCGGCCGGAGGCGGGGGCGGCAUGUAGCUCACUGGGUUCGUCCGGGCCUGAGGAGCCCGACGGCCUCGCUUGGUCAGUUCAUGAUCAAGUGGUGCCAACAGGAAGUUCAUCUAGAGUCAUAGUACAUGUGGAUCUGGAUUGCUUUUACGCACAAGUAGAAAUGAUCUCAAAUCCAGAACUAAAGGGCAAACCUUUAGGGGUUCAGCAGAAGUAUCAUGUGGUUACCUGCAACUAUGAAGCUAGGAAAUUUGGAGUUAAGAAACUUAUGAAGGUCAGAGAUGCAAAAGAAAAGUGUCCACAGCUAGUAUUAGUUAAUGGAGAAGACCUGACACGUUACAGAGAGAUGUCAUACAAGGUUACAGAGUUGUUGGAACAGUUUAGUCCGCUUGUUGAGAGACUUGGGUUUGAUGAAAAUUUUGUGGAUCUAACAGAAAUGGUUGAGAAGAGACUGGAGCAGUUUCAAAGUGAUGACCUUUCAGCAGUGACUGUGUCAGGUCAUGUAUACAAGAAUCAACCUAUUAACCUACGUGACAUCUUGCACAUCAGACUGCUUAUUGGAUCUCAGAUUGCAGCAGAGAUGCGGGAAUCCAUGUAUAAUCACUUGAGUCUCACUGGCUGUGCUGGAGUGGCUUCUAAUAAAUUAUUGGCAAAAUUAGUUUCUGGUGUCUUUAAACCAAAUCAGCAGACAGUCUUACUACCUGAAAGUUCUCAAGAUCUCAUUCAUAGUUUGAGCCACAUAAAGGAAAUGCCUGGUAUUGGCUAUAAAACUGCCAAACGUCUGGAAGUACUGGGUAUCAGUAGUGUGAGUGAUCUUCAAACCUUUUCAUCCAAAAUACUAGAAAAAGAAUUAGGAAUUUCAGUUGCUCAGCGUAUCCAGAAGCUCAGUUUUGGAGAGGAUAACUCUCCUGUGACACCCUCAGGACCACCUCAGUCCUUUAGUGAGGAAGAUUCAUUUAAAAAGUGUUCAUCAGAGGUGGAAGCUAAAAAUAAGAUUGAAGAACUGCUUGCUAAUCUUUUAAACAGAGUCUGCCGAGAUGGAAGGAAGCCACAUACAGUAAGAUUAGUAAUACGCCGGUAUUCUUCUGAGAAGUACCAUGGCCGUGAGAGUCGUCAGUGCCCUAUUCCCUCCCACGUAAUUCAGAAGAUAGGGACAGGAAAUUAUGAUGCGAUGACCCCAAUGGUUGAUAUACUUAUGAAACUCUUUCGAAAUAUGGUGAAUGUGAAGAUGCCAUUUCAUCUUACCCUUUUAAGUGUGUGCUUCUGCAACCUUAAAGCACCGAAUACUGCUAAAAAAGGGACUAUUGAUUAUUAUUUAACACCAUCAUUAUCAACAACUUCAUGCUCUGGCAAACGCAGUUUUAAAAUGAAAGACACUCAUAUGGAGGAUUUUUCCAAAGACAAAGAAACAAACAGGGAUUUUCUACCAACUGGAAGAAUUGAAAGUACAAGAACUGGGAAGUUGCCACCAGAUCCUACACAUUUCUCUAAAGCGGAAGACAAUAAUGAAUGUCCACUCUCCUCGCUUCCUGAGGGUAUUGACCAAGAAGUCUUCAAGCAGUUGCCAGUAGAUAUUCAAGAGGAAAUCCUUUCUGGAAAAUCUAGAGAAAAAGUUCAAGGGAAAGGAAGUUUGAGUUGUCCAUUACAUGCUUCUAAAGGAAUAUUAUCUUUCUUUUCUACGAAACAAAUGCAGCAUGGUUCCUUAAAUCCUAAAGAUCGUUUAUCCAAGAGCAAACAGAUAUCCUCUGUGUCUCCCUGUGAACCAGGAACAUCAGGCUUAAAUAGCAGUAGUUCCUCUUACUCAUCUAGCCAGAAGGAUUAUUCACAUUAUUUAGACAGCAGCUUAAAAGAUGAACACAUGAGUCAAGGACCCAAAGAAUCUCAAGGAUUCUACUUUUCAAAUACAAACCCUGCUGUAUCUAUUUUCCAUUCAUUUCCAAAUUUGCAGAAUGAGCAACUUUACUCCAAAAAUUGUUCUAGAGAUAGCCAUGAGCAACCAGUGGCAACAGUCUCUCAUCAUGAAGGACUUACAGAAAAUAGAGAGCAAGAUUCUCUUGAUGAGAAAUUUGCUUUUCCUUCUGACAUUGAUCCUGAAGUUUUCUAUGAACUACCAGAAGAGGUACAAAAAGAACUGCUGGCUGAUUGGAAGAGAGCAGGAUCAGAUUUCCAUACUGCACAUAACUAAGCAUGUUCUGAAAAAAGGGAAAGACCGUUUUUCUUAGAUGAUCAGUUUAUUAAGCUCUUCUGAAUUAAAUACUAAUGGAUACUUUCAAUAAUGUAGAAAUACAACAGAAAAUGUUCUAGAUAAAGCAAGCAUAGUUGUGGGAAGUAAAUUCUGGCACAAAGCAUAGUAAUUUUCAUAACAAUGUAAAAUUUUACCUUCCUCUUGUUUCUAAAGCUGUUUUAUAUUGCUUUUCAAUAAAAAAAAUCAUGG